UGAAUCAAGGUUUCAUAUUCUUCUUCUUCUUCUUCUUUUUCUUAUGGCAUUCACUACUUCUUCUUGUUCUUGUUCUUCUCUCAAUUUCUGUCUUCUGAAAUCUGGACUUUCAGUCUCAGUUAGGCCUUCAAGCAGAAUUCGGAUGCUCAAACCUUCAAAGUUUCCUCUCAAGAAAUCUCUCCCACUGCAGAUCAGAUCUUCCAUUAACAACAAGAUUUUCGAGGAUCAAUCAGAGGGAGUGAUUUGCUACACAGACGAAAAUGGGGAGAUCGUCUGCGAAGGAUACGAUGAGGGUCCUCGCUUGCACCAAAACCAUCUUGAAAAAGGCAACCAUCAUAGAGAGAGCGAGAUUCUUGAUCUCCUACUAAAACAAAAUUGGAUUCAUCGAGGAAAAGGUGGUGGUGGUGGACGCCAUGCUGAAAAAGGUGUACUGAACGUCAAUGGCUUCAACUCGUACUACUAAUCUAAUUAUGGUCUAACUCUUUCGAAUCAUACUCAGAUGUCAAGGGUACGUAUUUCGUAUGUUGAAUGUAUACAGACAUAAGUUGUUUUAAUUUUAGUAGCUUUGAGUAAAUGUACUCUCUUCUAUAUCCGAAUCACAUAAAUCAAAUUCACUGCCCAAAUUCCAUUGU